UUUUUUCACGUCAUUUUGACAAGCGUCCAUCAAAAAUCUUGUCCAUGGCAAAGAGCUUAACAAUUUUGUUAGUUUCUGUUAUAAUUCUUCAAGUUCGCUCCGAAAUUAUAGCUUUGGAUAAAUCGAAUUUCGAAACGGCAAAAUCGUCGAAACCGCUCAUGCUGGUAGAGUUCUACGCGCCAUGGUGUCACUACUGUAAAGAGUUCGCCCCUGAAUACGAAAAAGCCUCAGAAAUAUUAGCAAGGAAAGGUUUACCCGUUACUGUGGCUAAAGUGGAUGCUACUGUAGAGACAGAUCUGGCUGAUGCUAACGGCGUGCAAGGGUACCCAACAAUCAAGCUAUUCAAGCAUGGACAACCAGUUAGGUGGCUAUUUUCAACACAAUGGACCAGCAAGAAGAUAUUGUCAAAAAUGUUUUGGAUGUUAUAUGACAUGUAUAUCCACGUCAUUCAUUUUCGUCGGUCUGUCUGUCUGUCCGUUAAUCCUUGGCCCGUCCAUAAUGCGGAUAUUGAUGAAACUUUCACACAGUGUUACUAGGAUGCCAAGGACCAAAAAGCUUUAUACGUUUUGAAGAACGAUCCUGUGGCAGCGGAACUAGAGGCAGGAAAAGAAUAAAUAAAAAUCGCGCAAACAUUGUUUUUGAGGUUUCAGACUUAUGAU